ACAAUGGCGGAGGUCAGGCUGCGGUUUGCGAGAGAAGCUUACAAGCUUUUAAAACCCUCGUAUCAACUUAUUUUUGAUAAAGAUUUUAAAUCGGUUUCAAAGGUAGCUUAUGUUGUAGCCUUAACUCAAAACGACCGUGUUACAAGUGAGCAAAGACUGUGUGCUACAAGCCGGCCAUGCCUGGAGACUCCAAAAUUGAAUGUAUCUGAGAUAACUGGAGGUCUGGUUACCUUAAACAGGUUUGCUGAUGGAGAUGCAGUCUGCUUGAACUCUCUCUCUAAACGUAUUCAUGGAAAUGUCAGUCUAUGUAUCGAUUGCAAUGGGUUACAUGCCAUAACUCCAGUUCACUUGUCCUCCUGGAGGAGCUCGUGUUUGGGAACACAUGGAAAGCUCCCUCUCCUGUGCAUACAUGCUGCCUCUCAUCAUUUUAAACUCCAGUUCAGGAGAUCCACCCAUACCAAAUCACUUCAUGAACGUUCACAUGGUCAUUUUGGGCAGCUGGCCUUUGAGUUUGUGUCUUUCACCAGAGCUUAUAGUGGCAGACAGAGUAAUGGCACUCAAGAGGAGCCGCUAUACAGAACGAAGUCUGCCUACUAUGACAUUCUCGAGGUUUCUCCAACAGCCACUCAAACGCAAAUCAAGACUGCGUACUAUAAAAUGUCCUUCAUAUAUCACCCGGACAAGAACGCAGGGAGCGAGGAUGCCACAUCUCGCUUCGCGCAGAUCAGUGAGGCAUACAACGUGCUGGGGAAUAAAGCUUUGAGGAAGAAAUACGAUCGGGGGAUCUUGAGUCAAGGGGACCUGCAGGGAUCCGGCAGACCCACAGUCAAAGAUAGUCCCGCAUCAGCAUCAGGUCAGCAGACCAGAGCCAGACACUCCCCCUCUGUUGGAGCGGACCAGCAGAACAUCUUCGACUUUGAUGCUUUCAUCCGAGCGCACUAUGGAGAACAGCUGCAGAGGGAUAAAGAGCUCCGGCAACGCAGAAAAGAGAUGCUUAAAAAACAGGAGCAAAACUACGAGGAUGUGAAACUGGGCAGGAUGAAAGAGAUAACUGUGGCGAUGCUGCUGGUUAUGGCUAUGGCAAUUCUAUUUAAUCUAAAAUCUAGCAAGUGAUUAAGAAAACUGUAACAGCGCUGGGAACAGAAUACAAGACUCCAUGAUGAUACACAAAGGAAAAAACAACCAAACUAAAUACAUAUCAAGAGAAAAAAGUGGAAGAGUCUUUAUUCAGUAAUGGAGGAUUCAGCUCCACCUUGUGGUUCAAAACCAUGACACAUACAAAAAUAAAACAUACAACUGUCAUUAGCAGGUGUAAGGGGGAAAGUGUCACCAACAAACUAAUGGACAAAAGGACUGUGCUAAACCGAGUUUCUACCUGAGCUUUGAGAGGCCUACGGAGAAUCUAUAGGAUACCAACUUGUGAUGGGAGCUGCCUGUCAUAUUUCGAUAUACAAGGCUCAUUACCCUUAUACAGCAAACAAGAGCACAAUGGAGAGAGAUCUGAAUGUCAUAACCGAGAGAACCCCAUUUCCAUAGAUUGUUGGUCAAUAUAAGCCGUGAUAACUUUUGUUAUAAAGUGUUGCUCUUGCUGAGAACGACUUGACAGAUGUAUAAUCAACGUGUUUGCUUCAAAUGUAACACAAUUACACAACUUUGAAGAAAAAUAAAAAUCUCCAUCUGGGAUACAUUGAAACAAACUGAGGCUGUUCAGAACAUACUGUCUCAGGUGAAGAAAGAACAUACUGUCUCAGGAAGUGAUGUAAAUGUGAGGGAAUAAACGAGGUAACAAUUAUGACAUCACUACUGAACUAAGCUACGGACAAAUAUCUACAUUAAUGCUACUCGUGACUACCAAUAUAAUAUCAAUAAUGAUGAACUUUUUUUUGUUUGUUUUUCUUUUUUCUUUUUUUUUUCUUUUUCUUAGAAAUCAUAUAAACGUGCUUUCUGUGCAGUUGUAUGUUGAUGUGUUUAGAUAAUCUGCAAUACUUUCCAUAGAAAAAUAUUUGCAAAAAGAAGCAGAGCAAAGUGCUGGACAUCUGAAUUGAGAUUUGUAAGUGUUCUAAGAGUUUCAUGCCAUGAUAUCGACAAAAAUGUUACGUUUUGAUGAGAAUGUGACAGACAUACUGUAUAAAGCAUUCUUAACAGACCAGAUUUGAAUGUGCAACUAAGUUUUUUUUUUUUUUUUUUUUUUUGUAUAUUCAAA